AUGGGGUCGCACUCGGGCUACAAGGGCUUCAAGUCGUGGUCGGGCCAAGAAUGCCCGACGCUCAAGCCCGGCGAGAGCUACGACAGCCGGUCGACCAAGUUUAGUGCGAUGGGCCAAAGUAUCAUGAACACCAUGUGCGUGCAAAACCCGGCGUUUGGCAGCGUCUACCGCGCCGACUUUGGUCUUGUGACGCCGGCCGACUACAACACGCGCCUUGCCAAGCCGUGCUACGACGACGUGGUCGCGGGCAAGAAGUUUCUCGGCCAAAGUUUGUAUGAAAGCGAUUUUGUGCAUUUUUCCAACCACGGAAAAGCCUUGUUGGCAAAACCCAAGGACGACUUCAAGCGCGUCUUCGAGGCGCUGGCCCACGCCGUCGACCAAGACGACACAACAAACAACGCGGCGGUUGACGAGCUGCGGCUGCCGCGCGACCGCAUGAAGGAACUCCUGACGACAGUGUACGGCAGCCCGCCGUCGACGCGCCUUCUCGAGAUGUACAGCCACAUGUUUGACCCGAUUCCCGACGGCUACGUGACGUGGCCCGUCUUUGAAGAAGCCAUGGACCGCAUCCACCUCUUCGUCGCCAACAGCGUCGGCAAGCUCCACGGCAAACCGAGUUGGAUCGAGUAUUUGAGUAUGCGCCGACUCGUAACAAGCCAUGUGCCGAGCAGCAGCCACCAGAUCGAUUAUGGUACCUACGGCUCGGACCCGCUCGCGCGACCGUACUUGAGUCGCACGCUCGGGAUGGCGUCGACGACGUCCGACCUCGCGGAUGGGACGACCAAGAACACGUGUCACAUUCCGCGCUACGGCGGCUUCUUACCCGAAGCGCCCCACAACCCGAUUGCGGUCGCGCAAGGCGAUGGCACGGCGCCGCGCAACAAGGGCGCGGACCUGCGAUUGUACCACCUCAACAACAUCCCUGGCUACACGGGCCACAAGCCCGUCGACGCCAAGAACGUGCGGGGCGAGGCCACCACGGGGACCGAUCCGCGGUCGACCAACGGAUACAUUUAUCGUCCGCAUCUCUAA